AAAUGAUGUCUAGAUCAAUCAGGAGGUCCUCCCACGCAACAUGGUGGAUCAAGACUACAACAUAAUGUGUACAUCUGUACGUAGCUGUACAUCUAAAUAAUAAAAAGGCACAAUAAUUGUAUUGUAUAUCAAGCCAGCGUAAAUGGGGAUCUCUGUGGAGUUGUGGAGAGCUCGCAUUGGGCUGUUCAGUGGUGGGAGGGGAUCGCGACCACACAGUAAAGCUCCUUCGACAAAACAACGGCCUCUACACUUCAGUGAUACAGUGGGUACUACUGCGAAAGCGGUUCAAGGAGGAUUGCUUUUAUUGUAUAUUCUCACAUUUCUGAGCUCUCAAGAUAAAACUGAAUUCCUAAAACGUACAAGAAAUGUUGGUCUCCGGGUGAUAUCGAUUGCUGUGUUGCUCCACUCUCUUGCCCACCUCUUGCUGCUAGCUGGAGACGUUGAGAGCAAUCCUGGGCCUCAAAUGGAUGAGACAAUGACACUUGAUGAUAUAAAUGAAGCUCACACUAAACUGCACGACUCUCAGAACAGAUGGUUUGAGAUUGGACAAGCUCUACAUGUUGAUGAUGUCACACUAGAUAGCAUCAGAAAGCAGUGUGCUAAUGAUGACAGCAACUGUCUUCGUGAAAUGCUUGCUCACCGUUUGAAAGUAGGGCCUCCUCUAACCUGGAAGGAGUUAUUCAACUCAAUAGAAAAUUUACAGCUAACACAACUUGAGCCUGAGGGGCUACGAACCCAGUCUGGAUCAUCUGGUCAACCAGUGAAUACAGUUCUUCAAGGGCUAUUGGACAAAUAUCAACUCAGUCCUUCUCAAGUCGACCGUCAAAUUCAACGAAUAGACAUACCAUUUUUGGCUGCCUAUUUUGAUAAUGUUGAACUCUAUGUCGAUUUGAUGGAAUUAACCCCUGGUGAACAAACCGAUGUCAAAGGUGCAGAAACUAAUCGAUUAGCCGUGAUCAAGUGCUUGAAACUCUGGAAAGGAAAGAAUCCUGCACAAGCGACAUUCAAGACGCUUCUGGAGAUGUUGGUAAAACUAAUAAAGGGAGAGAUUGCUGGUCAGAUCUGUCAGUACUUGAAAGAUCCAAUCAAACGUACAUUGCCUAAUGACAUCACCACGACCCAAUCUUCGAAAUCAGGGACCUGGACUGAGGAUUUAAUGAACUCACUUCCAACUCUGUCUAGUACGCAAAAAACAUCUGACAUACAUAAAGAACUUGAAGAUGAAUUCAGUAUACCAGGAGGCUGUACCCAGGAAGCCCUCUCCUCUGCCAAGUGGUUGCAAGAUUCAAUAGGAAAAAAGUGUGACAUACUCCAACCUGACCACCCAGCUGAGCUAGCAGAUGAUGGAGACGUCUCUUCGGGAGAUGAGUCGUUUCGUUCUGCCGCCGAUAAUCGUGACAUUUUUGUGUGUCCUUACUGCAAAGAGUGUUCUCCACAACAAUUCUUCUCUAAAGAAGGUUGCCCCAGGAAGACAAAAUCUCUCGAAACUAUCUCCCUCUUCCCUUAUCUUGACGUUACUGGUCUUGAUGAUGAAGAUGUCAAGUAUUUGGAAGAAAAAUUGAUACUCGAUACACGAAAGAUUUUUAUCAAGUUUUCUGAAUUCUCCGUAUGUAUUCGGAAAUCAAUUGAAGGACAAGAUACCUUAGACAAUCUUCGAGAUUGUGUAUUGAGUGCUGUUCUUCCAAACGAUCAAGGUGUGAGUGCACUUGAUACUGAGCACAAAGAGAUGGUCCUUGCGGCAAAAAGCCUUGCCAGAAUAUUCUCCAUACUUCGAACUUACAACUAUAUCUCAUUUUUGAACUACCAAAUCAUUGAGCUGCUUAUUCAAGACUCAGGUUCUGCUAUUGAUCACAAAAUGCUUGAACGAUACCUGGAUGAUUUAAAAACCUUCUGCCAGAGAAGUGUUUUCGAAGUUCCUCCAUCUGCUUUUUCAACAUGCAAGUCUCGUAAGACAGCCAAAGUGUUUAAACUCAAAUGCACAGAGUCGACAUUAACACUAAACGAGGUUAUAGUUCUACAAGACAAAUUUGCUGAAAUCUUAGGUCUGGAAUUCAAUGCUUUACAACUUUGCUCCGUCAGAAAAGGCUGUGUUGAGUUACACUUCUUGGUUUCCGCAGCUGUUGCUGAGUAUAUCUUCCCACUGUCCCCUUCUCAAGAGUCGGCACUCAGUGAGAUUGGAGCGAGGCUUCUCCCAUUUGACAAAAGGGAAAACAAAAGGCAAGACGAAGACGAAAACAUCGAUGCUCAGCCAACCCCCACCCCUCAUGAAAAUCUGCCCCAGUCAUCCCACACACAAGAGCAACAACAUAUUACAACCGAGGAAAAGAAACCACAGCUAUAUCCCAUAUCUAAAGAAAGAGGGCCACGAACAACUGAAGACCUGGAUCCUCAACAAACAACCACAUCUCAGGAGAAAAAGCUACUUGAACCACCAUCCAAACAGGAGGAUGGAGAGAGACAACAAUCCCCUCUACCUAAGCAUUUUUCCCCAUCUCUUGGUAUAUCAUGCGAUGAUAUUAUGCCCAAGAAAACAGAUGAGGAACUGCAAACUCCACUCCAUAUUGCCUGUGAGAAUGGCCACACUGAGACUGCCCAGUUGCUGAUUGACAGAGGAGCAGAUGUGAACCAGGAAAAUAAGGUAAUGGAAACUCCACUCCAUGCUGCUUGUGAGAAUGGCCACACUGAUACUGCCCAGGUGCUGAUUGACAGGGGAGCAAAUGUGAACCAGCAAAGUCAGUAUGGGGACACUCCACUUCAUGGUGCCUGUGAGAAAGGCCACACUGAUACUGCCCAGUUGCUGAUUGACGGGGGAGCAAAUGUGAACCAGCAACGUCAGUUUGAUAACACCCCACUUCAUAUUGCCUGUGAGAAAGGCCACACUGAGACUGCCCAGAUGCUGAUUGACAGGGGAGCAGAUAUGAACAGAAGGAACUACAUAGAUAGGACUCCAUUCCAUGUUGCCUGUGAAUAUGGCCACACUGGGACUGCCCUGAUGCUGAUUGACAGGGGAGCAGAUGUGAACCAGCAACAUGGGAUGAUAAAGCAGACCCCACUCUAUGUUGCCUGUGAGAAUGGCCACACUGGGACUGCCCAGUUGCUGAUUGACAGGGGAGCAGAUGUGAACAAACGGACGACGAGCGACACCCCACUCCAUGGUGCCUGUAGGUAUGGCCACACUGAUACUGCCCAGUUCCUGAUUGACAGAGGAGCAGAUGUGAACCAGCAACAUGGGAAGACGAGGAAUACCCCACUUCAUAUUGCCUGUAAGAAUGGCCACACUGAUACUGCCCAGUUGCUGAUUGACAGAGGAGCAGAUGUGAACCAGCAACAUUGGAGGAUGAGGGACACCACCCCACUCCAUGCUGCCUGUGAGAAAGGCCACACUGAGACUUCCCAGAUGCUGAUUGACAGAGGAGCAAAUGUGAACAAAGAGAACAGGAUGAAGGAGACCCCACUCCAUGUUGCCUGUAAAAAUGGCCGCACUAGGACUGCCCUGAUGCUGAUUGACAGGGGAGCAGAUGUGAACCAGCAACAUGGGGAGACGAGGGCCCUACUCUAUGCUGCCUGUAAGAAAGGCCACACAGAGACUGCCCAGUUGCUGAUUGACAGGGGAGCAGAUGUGAACCAGGCCUGGGCAAGGGAAACCCCACUCCAUGUUGCCUGUGAGAAUGGCCACACUGAGACUGCCCAGAUGCUGAUUGACAGGGGAGCAGAUGUGAACCAGCAUGCAAGGGGGGGGAAGAUGAACACUCCACUCCAUGUUGCCUGUGAGAAUGGCCACACUGAAAUUGCCCAGAUGCUGAUUGACAGGGGAGCAGAUGUGAACCAGCAUGCAUAUGAGGGGAAGAUAAACACUCCACUCCAUGUUGCCUGUGAGAAUGGCCACACUGAAAUUGCCCAGAUGCUGAUUGACAGGGGAGCAGAUGUGAACCAGCAUGCAUGGGGGGGGAAGAUAAACUCUCCACUCCAUGUUGCCUGUGAGAAUGGCCACACUGAAAUUGCCCAGAUGCUGAUUGACAGGGGAGCAGAUGUGAACCAGCAUGCAUGGGGGGGGAAGAUGAACACUCCACUCCAUGUUGCCUGUGAGAAUGGCCACACUGAAAUUGCCCAGAUGCUGAUUGACAGGGGAGCAGAUGUGAACCAGCAUGCAUGGGGGGGGAAGAUGAACACUCCACUCCAUGUUGCCUGUGAGAAUGGCCACACUGAAAUUGCCCAGAUGCUGAUUGACAGGGCAGCAGAUGUGAACCAGCAUGCAUAUGAGGGGAAGAUGAACACUCCACUCCAUGUUGCCUGUGAGAAUGGCCACACUGAAAUUGCCCAGAUGCUGAUUGACAGGGGAGCAGAUGUGAACCAGCAUGCAUAUAAGGGGGACACUCCACUCUAUCUUGCCUGUGAGAAUGACCACACUAAGACUGCCCAGAUGCUGGUUGACAGGGGAGCAGAUGUGAACAGAGAGGACAGGGUUAAAAUGGCAUCACUGAAUGUUAAACUUGCUCGUGAGAAAGGCCACAACAAGACACCAAGCCAGAAUCCGUUUUUCUACGGAGUGGAUCAUGCUGAGACAUAUAGCAAAACCGUUGACCCUAUCAAGAAGUUUUUAUCUCGUCAUGAUCCACACCCAAUGACGACUUCACUCCGUUCUAAAGAUUUAGAGGUAUCACUAAAUGCUCAACUUGCUCGUGAGAAAGGCCACAACAAGACACCAAGUCAGAAUCCGUUUUAUUCACCCUUCUACGGAGUGGAUGAUGCUGAGACAGAUAAUGACUUUAGCAGAAAAAUUGACCCUAUCAAGUUUCCAUCUCAUCCUGAUCCACAUGCACCCAAAUGAAGACUUUACUCCAUCCUAAAGAUUUAGAGGUUCCUAAAUUUCCAAAACGGAAAUGUACUAUUUCUUAAUUUGCUGUGUGAGUUUUCAACUGCCAUACAUAUUAUAGUGUAGAGUGCAUGCAGUGCUGCAGAGUCAGUGUUAGUUUUGUAUAGCACUUGCACAAUGUAAUAAUUAUAGUCCAUUCAUGCAUGCAUAUAUAAUUAUGACUGUCGAGAGUUAUGUUUGAACUUUAUAAUUAUAGCCAAAUCAGGAGAAUAUUUGA